AUGGUAUGGCCACCCACGAGUCGAAAUUCAGCGUGCUUCUCGCUUGCUUCCUGCAUUACAGACGAUACGACGGAUUCGGCAAGUCUAGCCACCCCUCUUGAUGCAUCGCCUGCCGCUCCGCCUUCCGCCGCCUUCUCCCUUAUUACCGUCAUCACUAACGAAAGUUAUCCAGCAAGACCUCAUAUUCCAACCGUUGCUGCUACUGCUCCUGCACAACAUCGUCGAUAUCUCCACGAUCACACGGCACUGUCACUUGGCACCAUGGAGACGGCGAGGUUAGCGUCCUUCACACCUCCUUCAUCAAGCAGAAAUACCACAGCCGAAAGACAAGAGUUCAGAACUCCAUCCUAUUCGGUCAGUGGCCUUCCACUUGAUAGACAGCCCAAGCCGCUGUGGCCACGGAUCAAACGUAUGCUGUCAAAUCCAGCUAUGCAACGGAGACCAACCAAAUAUCACUCUCGCCAAAGUAACACAAACGAAACGAUGCAUACCAUGCCAAACGAUCAGUCUCACCUGGCCAUGGACCAUUUACCCGUCCUUCUACGUUCAUCAGCGAGAAUCAGCCUCUCCGAACAAUCACGAGUCAAGGAUUCCAUGAAACGAAAGAAUUAUGUAAAAUGGUUAUUCGAUGGCAGUAAAACCAAAGUGCGCCCCCGUGACAAAUGA